UUAUAAUUAACGUAAUCUCUAUUAUUCUCAAUUCUUUUGUUCGUCUUUUUAUUUUUCCGUCCACUUUAUCGGGACAUUCAAAUUGACGUACCAUUGAGAAUCAGCGUGUAUAACUUGAAAAAAUUCCGCGCGCCAUUUAUCAAUUAACAAUAUUGUUACACCUAUUAAAAAACGAAUUUAAUUCGUUUCCUUUUCUUCGUUGUUUUCUCUUUCGUUUUCUCCGGAACGUGACAAUUAGUCGAAGGCAAACGAUUUUUUCUCCUUCUCGUUUUUUUAACGCGCGAUUAAAAAUUAUACGACGCAGCAAUGAAAAAAAAAUAAUAUACGAUAAUAUCAAGGCCGAUCAAAGUAAGCUAUCACACAUCAGAAAUGUUUUUUGAUUGAGGGCAUCAUCCGCUAAUGCGAUUAACUCUCCGCUUAUUCUCUUUCCUCCCCUUUCUCCUUUUCCUUCUCCUUCUCCGUUACCUCCGUUACCACCUCUUCUCCUUCUCUUCUCCACUUCCUUCUCCCCUUCCAAUUUUCUACAAGUCCGCGUGCCGUACUAAAAAUAAGUUAAUGUUGAAGCAUCGUCUUUCGUGCAUGCCUCUAUAAAAAGAAGAAAAAUCGGCGGAAAGAAAUUGUCGUCGGCCCGCUCGAACGCGAGAAAACACGUUCUUCUCCUCUGUUACUUUCAUGACGUUCCGUGAAACCGAUCGCGAGCUGGUGGCAAAGACCGGAAAAAACCGGCGCACGAACCACCGAGGAGGAAGAAGAAGAAAAAGAAGAAGAGGAGGAGGAGGAGAAAGAAGAGGAAUAAGAAGAAGAAAAGAUACGAUCGAUUAAUCGUUGGUUAGAGAAUCGAGGAAUUUUCAUCGGUGUGAACACUCUAUUGCGCGUUCGGAACGCGAUUUAUAGUUCUAUUCUUCGCCGCCACACGAAUCACUAGAUUUCGUCGAAAUGAGGGACCAUCCGUCGCGCCUUUUCUCCGAUACGAGACCGUAGAAAUGCCAGAAUGAGAGGAGCGGCGUUUCUGGGGACGAUCAGAUCGGUUCGAGGAACUUUCCUGAGGACGCUCGUCUUCGUCUUCAUGGCAACGUUCCUGUGGCUCCAAAUCCACGUGAUCAGCCUGACCGGUCGGGACUCCGCUGGACAAGCUUCGUCAAACGAGACGCUGUUCGCCCUUGUGCCGCAAGAAUUGCAUAGGUUUCUGAAAGAUCGUCGAAAUGGUUCCUCCUCGACGUUAAUGAACGCAAGCACGGAAGUGUUAACCGAGUUCGAAAUAGCGGAAACACGUCGUAACAUGGAAAGAGCGAACAACGAGCAAAGGGUGUACAACGAGGAGUCAUUCGGCCCGUUGGCCAGCGACGCCCCUAUAAUAGUGAUUCAGGUGCACACGAGACUCACCUACCUCAGACACCUGAUAGUGUCGUUGGCCCAGGCGAAAGGGAUCGAGCAAACCCUUCUUGUCUUCAGCCACGACGUCUGGCAUCCGGACAUCAACUAUCUCGUACAGAGCGUCGACUUUUGUCGCGUCAUGCAAAUAUUUUAUCCCCACAGCAUACAAACUCAUCCACGAAGUUUUCCAGGCGAAGAUCCCAACGAUUGCCCUCGAAAUAUACGAAAGGAACAAGCUCUCAGUCUCGGUUGCAUCAAUGCCAAGCAUCCGGAUUUAUAUGGACACUACAGAGAAGCAAAAUUCACGCAGACGAAACAUCAUUGGUGGUGGAAAGCGAAUCGUGUGUUCGAUCAAUUGUCCAUCACCAAGAAUCACACUGGUAUGGUUCUUUUCCUCGAGGAGGAUCAUUACGUCGCCGAGGAUUUCCUGCACGUUCUCAGACUGAUGGAACGCACCUGUAAACACACCUGUAAAAGAUGCAACGUCCUAUCCUUGGGCACCUAUCUCAAAACUUAUAAUUAUUUUGCCGACUUCAGCCGAAAGUUCCUUGGCGUCAACAGCGCCCUACAAAAGGAGCUUCUACGUGGAUUAAAGAGAUGGGAGACGUCGACGAGGCAACAUUCAGCGAAAGCCGAAGACAUCGUUGGCAGCGGCGGAGGAAAAACUGGUGCGUUUCCGAGCACCAGCAGCAGCAGCAGCGCCGGCAGCAGCAGCGGCGGCGGCGGCGGCAGCGGUGGUGGCAGCACCAGCAAUAGCACUCCUACGGGAACGAACAACGGCAGAAACAACACCGUUACUGGAAAUAGCAUCAAUAGCAGCACUGGCGCCUCCUCCUUCGUGUCCGUCGCACGCAACGUACAGACAAUGCAAUCCGCCUCCGCAUGGGCUUUCCAGCUCCUACCCGAACUCUACAAUCAUUAUCAAAAGGCUGAAGUGAUCCCUUGGAUCUCGAGCAAGCAUAACAUGGGUAUGGCGUUCAAUCGUGUCACGUGGAACAAAUUGAGAAAGUGUGCCGCUCAAUUUUGCUCGUACGACGAUUACAAUUGGGAUUGGAGCCUUCAACAUAUCGCGCAAACCUGUCUGCCUCCUAGCAAAGGGCCUGGAAUCGCGCCUCGUACAGAAUCCGGUUUGAUCACCAUGAUGAUGAGAGCGCCUAGAGUUUUUCACAUCGGAGAAUGUUUGUACGAAUUGAAUUUUGUCAAUGCCAGCGGAGUCCAUCAUAAGAAGACCAAUUGUGAAUCGACCGCUGUGAUAGCAAAGGUUCAAAACAUUCUAAAAGCUGCCCAAGAACAUCUUUUUCCUACUCAAUUGACACUUACUGUAGCUGGCACUGCGAAAAAGACGAAGCUUCGAAAAGGUAACGGCGGAUGGGGCGACACGCGGGAUCAUCGGCUUUGUUGGAACAUUACUGUUUAUCCGGAUCUCGUUUUACCGUGAGAUCAAAUCUCUCGAACGAUUCAACCUUCCUUCCCUCAAUUCCUUCUUUUUCCCCAUUUUGUCUCUUCCCCACUUCUUCCCCUCCUCCUGUUUCUUCUUUGUUCCAAAAUCUCGUGUGUCUCGCUCGAUCCAUUUUUAUCCGUGCAUCGUUCAUUGUUCUAUCUAACCGAAACAUGCUCGUUUAAGAAGCAAGUUCCUUCGUGUCGAGUGAGUUAUCGAUAUCGAUCCUACAAUUUGUUAUCGGAGUGUAAUAAUAUCCUUAGCAGCGUACUUACUUUUUACGUUCGUACUAAACUUAGCGAUCGAUUUUUGCGAUGAAAACGAGAAGCACGUUUUUUUUAUUUUUUUUUUUUUUUUUUUGCGUUUAUCUCGAGCUUUUUAACGAACUUGACCGGUCGUCAAACUCAAAAAAAUUUUUGCAUAUAGAGAAACACGCUUGUCACAUACUCUAGUCAUUGUAUGCAAUAUGAUAAAUGGAUAUUGAUUAUCUGUUUAUUAAAAAUUUGUUGACCAAUUCAAAAAAUUGGUAAAAAAGAAACUACGAGACCAGCAACAACUUUCUCCGCUCGAAGAUGAUCCAUGAUUUAUAAAAAAAAAAAAAAAACUUGGAACUUCAAGAGUUAACCAAAGCCAUCCACGAGUUG